AUGGGGAAAUCAUCGCAAAACAAUCUCGUAGCACAAAAGAUUGCGGCUCGAGUGGCCGAACGAGAUUCUUGGUCCACCUGGCAUACCGCCACACCUUCCGAAGUCUUUGGGAUGCUACGCAAACUGGGCUUUAGCAAGUCUCCCAUACCUCCACCAGCCGAGCUGGACAAGACCUUUCCCGUCCAAACACUGGAUUGGGAGUUGAUCAAGACCAUGCCUCCCCAAAAAAUGGCGGUCACCUGGAUUGGUCAUGCCACGUGCUUGGUGCAAUUGGACGGAUUCAACAUUUUGACGGAUCCUAUAUUCUCCAAACGUUGUGCUCCGACUCAAUUUGCGGGUCCCGCACGAUACCGUCCCACCCCCUGUUCCAUUCCAGAACUUUUGGAGCAAGUGACCUUGGAUGUGGUGGCGAUUAGUCACAAUCACUACGAUCAUUUGGACUACAAUUCCAUCAAGGCAUUGGUCCAGCAUGCUCCAAACCCGCUAGUCUUUGUAGUACCCUUGGGACUCAAGAGUUGGCUUCAGUCCAAUAUUUCCAAGAUUGAAGAGAAGCAUCAAAUUAUCGAAUUGGAUUGGCACGAAUCCCACACCCUGAACAAAAAUGAGAAUGGCAAUAGUUUGGAGGUCAUGCCUGUCCCCAUGCAGCAUUGGGGUAGUCGAGCUGGCUUUGAUCGAGAUACAACACUAUGGUGCGGGUUUUCUUUAAAAUCUUCGAGUAAGAACCAAUCGGCUCUCUUUUGUGGAGAUACGGGGUGGUUCGAAGAGGUGAAAGAGAUUGGCGACAAGUAUGGGCCCUAUGAUUUGGCCAUGAUACCCAUUGGAGCCUACGAUCCCUAUGACUUUAUGCGCCCACAACAUAACAAUCCAGAAGAUGCUGUCAAAAUGUUCAAUGCCCUACAAGUCAAGACGAGAGCCGUGCCCAUUCAUUGGGGGACCUUUCAAUUGACACGAGAACCAAUCAUGGAACCAAGAGAACGACUGGUAGCAUGUCUCGAAAAGGAAGGAAUCGAUAAGAACAAGUUUGCGCCAUGGCUGAUUGGUGAAACUGUAGUGCUGGAUCCAUCCGUCUAA